AUGCCUCGUGAGAAGGGAGACGGCGGCAAAGAAAGGAGGCCUGCUGUUCCUCGGCCCAGUGCAAGUGUGAUUUUGGUCUCUCCGAAAAAUGAGGUCCUUCUUCUACACCGUGUCCAUACAUCUAGCUCCUUUGCAUCGGCUCAUGUGUUCCCGGGUGGAAACCUUUCGAGUCAGGAUGGGCCAAUACCGCCACCCGAAGACCAUGCCGUGCAUGAUGAUGCUCCAGCUUACCGACGUGCAGCCAUCCGGGAGCUUUUUGAGGAGAGUGGCAUUCUGCUUGCGAAAGACCGGGACUCAGGAAAGAUGCUAGUCGUCAAUGAGGAGACCCGAGAGCAAGGCAGACGACUUAUUCAUCAGAACAAAGUUUCAUUCUCAGACUGGUUGAAGCAGCAACAUGCAACGGCUGAGCCAGAUAUUGAUCAACUGAUUCCCUUCACGCACUGGAUUACUCCGACCAAUGUUCCGAAGCGGUACACAACACAAAUGUAUCUCUACUUCAUGCCUCUACCAGUCAACUUGGAUAAGAGGUUGCUCGAGGAGCUCCCUGCGGAAGGCGAACGUGAAGAGAUUCAAGUCCCGACUAGCGAUGGUGGCAUCGAGGUUACGGAGGCGCAAUUCCUUCCGGCUUCAGAGUGGCUUCGCCGCGCACAGAGCGGGGAGGUCAUUUUGUUCCCGCCGCAAUAUCUACUCCUACAUCUGGCGUCAGGCUUCCUCGACCGGGAACCCCGAUCGGGCACGUCCGUGGAAGAGAUGGAGAAACGCCGAGCAGAACUAGUCGAGUUUGUAUACUCCGGGUCGCCUGCUUGGACAGAUAAGUAUAUUUCGCCCAAGAUGCUUAAGAUGACCGAGGACGGGCGGGCGGUCCUAGCGUUGGACGAGCCUGGACCUGAAUUGAAGGGAUCUGGGAAACGAGGCGAGUCGGAUCGGGUUGUCCUGGUGCGGUUUAAGAAGGGCAGUGCGAGGGAGGUGAACGUGGCAUGGAAAAAGGAUGCCCUAGAAGAGGGAAGAGAAUCCCGUAGUAAUCUUUAG